CCACGGUAGACGCUGUCGUGGAGCAGGCAUCGCCUGGCCCCGACCAUGUCGCGUGUCCACUACAAGUUCUUCUCCAAGCUGAACUAUGAUACAGUCACCUUCGACGGCCUCUACAUCUCUCGGCGUGACCUCAAGCUCCAGAUCAUGGGCCACGAGAAGCUGACGGCGGCCAGCUGCGACCUGCAGAUCACCAACGCCCAGACCAAAGAAGGUAAAAUGAUAAGGAAAUGUGGGAGGAGAUCUUUUAAUAACAAACCUGCCAGAUUUCUUUGAAAUCUG